GACUUGUUUGGCUUUGUUUAAUUCAUUAAUCGAGCCCAAAAAGAUGUGGUGUGGAAUAUUAUGAUCUGUAAUGCAAGCCCCUACAAUCAGAAUUACUAUAGCCUGUAGACAGUGUAUAUUUUUGCUUUCAUUACAUGUUUGUUCUUCAAGAUUUUAUUUGUAGUGUUGCUUUGUUCGACUUUUCCAUGUAGAAAAUUCAGUGUCAUGUAUUCCUUUCAAGUUAGUCUCUUUUUGCAGGAGCACAGAAUAAAUCUUAUAGGCAUAUUGCCAGAAUUACCUUCAUCUUUGUUUUCAUUACAUUUUUGUUCUGUAAAUUUAUCCGCUAUCUUUUUUACCAUAUAAUGUCAUAAUAGUUUGUCAUUCCAAUCUCCAUUUUCCUUGAUACUUCGUACCAUACUAGUAUCUUGUUCAUGCUUGUGUUUUCCCUAGAAUCCGAAAUUUUGACUCCCUUGAUUCAUAUCUUGUGAAAGUAUACCUUCUACCACAUAUGUGUAUAAUGUACAUGUAACAACUAUAUCUUCAAACCUUCAAGGAAGGGUUUCUUUUUCUUCCAUAGUUAGAUGGUCCUAUUUCAAUAAGAAUCUAUACCCUACUUUAGAAUACAGAAAAACAAAAUCCUCUGCAAUUAUUAUUGGUAUUUUAAAGGGAUAGACUUGUCUUCUUUUCCUUAUGACAAUUAUCACACGGUCCAUUUACUGCAUAUGUUACCUCAACUGUUCACUUUUUCUCUUGUUUUCCAUUUCUAUAAUACAUUGUAUUGCUAGUGACUGCUUGACGGAAAAUUCUGUGAUCUCUGAUGGUUCUAACAACACUAGUACUCUAGUUUCUCCAGGUCAAGUAUUUGAGCUUGGAUUCUUUGCACCUGAAGGGAACAACAAUAAUAGAAAGUUUUUGGGCAUAUGGUAUUACAACCAGUCUAGUCCAAGGAUUAUAGUCUGGGUUGCUAAUCGAAAUAAGCCAUUAUUAGAGUCAAAUGGCUCUCUGAUCCUAAAAGAUGGUGCUGCUAAGGUGCUAGAUAAUAACGAUGCAAUAUACUGGUCAACAGAUGUUCCUGCACCUGUGAAUUCAACACUUUGUCUAGAUGACAGCGGUAACUUAAUAUUGUACAAAAGGGGACAACGAGGAAAACAGAAAUUGUGGCAAAGCUUUGAUUACCCCACUGACACAUUUCUUCCAGGAAUGGACAUUACUGAGAAGAAUUUGACUUCAUGGGAGACUAAUAACAAUCCAUCACAGGGAAACUAUAUGUUAACUUUGCAGAUUCAAGGGAAUGAAGAGAGCUUGGUUAUUUUGAAAAAGGGAUCACUCCAUUAUUGGGAGAGCGAAGCAACACCUUUUGAUCAGGCUCCCCAAUCUCUGUUUAAUUUAUUGCUUAACAUUCAGCAGGAUAGUUACAAAAAUACGAGGUUGGUAAUGAAUUUCACCGGACAGAUUCAAUUUUGGAAAUGGGAAACUGAAAGAGGCUGGUCCCUGAAAUGGAUGGAGCCAAAGGAUAGAUGUAGUUUAUACAGUACAUGUGGAAAUUUUGGUAGUUGCAAUAGCAAUGAUGGGUUGUGCAAGUGUUUGCCUGGUUUCAAUGCUAGUUCUCCAAAGAGGUGGGCUACAGGAAAUUUCUCUGAGGGUUGUUCCCCAAAGUCGGUAUCUUGCAGUAGAAAUUAUUUGGCAGAUGAAUUUUUGAGGAUGCCUAUGAUGAAAGUGAGCACCCCAAAGACCAAUCGGACAAAUGUUGGGUCCUGCAAGGGUGAUUGCCUUAAGGAAUGUGAUUGUGUAGCUUAUUCUUGUGGUGUCAGUAACUGCACAGGAGCAUUAAAUGAGAUGUGCUUGAUGUGGUACUAUGAACUUACCAAUUUGCAGGAGGAGUAUUCCAAGGGGUUUACUAUCUUUGUCCGCAGUGCACUUUCUGAUAUAGAAUCAACUCCAAGAGACUGUAAGCCUUGUGGACCUUACAGCAUUCCCUACCCCCUCAGCACUUCUACAAAUUGUGGAGAUUCAUCAUACUUUAAUUUCCACUGCAAUGAGCAAAUAGGGCAGGUUAACUUCUCAACUUCCAAAAAAAUUUUCAGAGUCUCUUCCAUUGAUCCUGAUGCAAAAAGAUUUUCCAUCCAAGUCACGCAUGUUAAUAGCUGUGACAGUAGAUCUAUAGACUCAACUCUUCUAUCACCCAAAGAUAAAAUACUGUACAGUAUCACAAACUGCAAAGUAAUAAAGGAGCAACCUUUUCUAGAGGUUCUGCCAUCAUUCAUUGAAGUUGAAUUGGGUUGGAAACCACCGCCAGAACCUGCUUGCAAUGCAUCGUCAGAUUGCCGUGAUUGGCCCUAUACUUCCUGUAAAAAGAAAAGGGGUGGUGAAAUGAGGUGCAUUUGUGGAUCAAAAUACCAUUGGGAUGGCUGGAACUUGAAAUGUACCAAAAAAGUGGCUUCCCCUCUCAAGAUAGUGCUACCUUGCAUAGCUGGUGCAUUGGCCAUUGUUCUUAUUUGUGGCAUAUUAUUGAAACGGAGAGGUAGAGAACUGGGUUCCGUUGAGUUCAAGGGGAAUGAUUCUGAAGGCAUAGAUGUGCCCUUUUUCGUCUGGGAAAGUAUACUAGCUGCUACAAACAACUUUUCAGACUCAAAUAUGCUUGGGAAAGGAGGAUUUGGUGCUGUGUAUGAGGGAAUGCUUCCAGAUGGAAAGAGAGUUGCUGUAAAGAGGCUCUCAAGUGUAUCCGUGCAGGGUGUUGAGGAAUUUAGAACUGAGGUUGAGUUGAUUGCCAAACUCCAACAUCGUAAUCUUGUAAGACUUCUUGGAUAUUGUGUAAAAGCAGAUGAGAAGAUUUUAGUCUAUGAAUAUAUGCCUAAUGGAAGCCUUGACUCUUUUUUGUUUGAUGAAGCAUGCUCUAUGUCCUUGGAUUGGAAGAAGCGUUUUGACAUUAUUUUAGGAAUAGCUCGAGGACUUCUUUACCUUCACCAUGAUUCAAGACUUAGAAUCAUCCAUCGUGAUCUCAAACCAAGCAAUAUUUUACUCGAUGAGGAAUUCAAUCCAAAAAUAUCAGACUUUGGCAUAGCAAAAAUUGUUGGAGGGAAAGAAACAGAAGCAAGCACAAACAGAGUAGUUGGGACAUAUGGUUAUAUGUCUCCUGAGUAUGCAUAUGAAGGGCUCUUCUCCGUCAAAUCUGAUGUUUUCAGUUUUGGUGUGGUUAUACUGGAGAUUUUAACCGGUAGAAGAAAUUCAAGAAAAUUUAAGUUUGAACUUGGUGCCAGUCUAUUGGGACAUGCCUGGAAAUUGUGGAAGGAAGAUAGACAAUUGGAAAUCGUUAACCAAACACUCAACGACUCCUGCAAUACAUCUAAUGUAAUGAAGUGCAUACAUGUCGGUUUGUUAUGUGUACAAGAAGAUCCCAAUGAUCGUCCCACGAUGUCAUCUGUGUUUCUGAUGCUAAGCAGUGAAAAUGUUUGUCUUCCCAUGCCAAAACAACCGGCUUUCGUUUGUUGGAAACCUUUAUCCGAAACUGCCUCAUCUUCCAGUCUGCAAGUUUCAAGCUUGAAUGAACUUACCAAUACUGUAUCUUCAGAAGGCCGGUAACUGACAUUUUUCCAUGUGUUUAUUUUUAUGACCAUAGUUUAUAAGGUCAGUCCAAUAAUGUUGAUUAAGGUUUUAAUAUUGUCAUAAAAUGGGCGUAGUUCUGGUGAAGAUUUUGUCUUCAUUCCUUGGUAGCAUAGUGAAAAAAUGAGGCAUAUGUUACCGUAUUCGUAUCGGUUAAAGUUCAUUGGAUAUCUCAUAAUCUUAACUGAAAUUUGACAUUUUAUGCUCUUUGAAUAGAAGGAAUAAAGUAUGUAAGCUUCAUCUGAAUUUUGGUGUAGUCAGAUUCAUUUUGAGGCAUGCUUGUAUUGAGUUUAAAUAUCUAAUGGUAAAUAAAAGUCAAAUCAAUCAAAAAAUCAAAAAGUUAUCCAAAGUCUUUUGUAAAGCACACCCAUAUUUAUAUCAAUUAUCAAAUACUUUGUUUCUUUAUACUUUAAAGUUACAAUCUGACAUUUAGGCUCUAUUUUGUUUACCUUAAGAAAAAUACUUCCUCAUAUUCACUUAAAGUGUUUCAUUUGACUUUUCACUAUUUUUAGAUGGUCAAAUGUACCACAUGUAAAAGAUAAUGAAUCUAGUUUUAUAAAUUUUAAUAGGGGUAAAUUGGGGUUAGUUUGUGUAAAGGUGUGAAAAAAGUUAAGUUUAGUAAAGAUAAAUUGACAAAAUUAAUAUAUCAAAAAUAGAAAUGAGACAUUUAAGGUGACUUGACCAAAUAUGGAAAUGAGACACUUAAGGUAAAUAUGAGGAAGUAAGUAAUUAGUAUAAAAUAAUUUUAUCCGUAAAAAUUAAUUUUAAUCAGAAAAAAUCAAUAAAAAUGAGCAAAAAUCAGUUAUAUUCAGUAAAAAUAAGUUAUACUAUUAUUAAUUAGUUAUAAUCAGUAUUAAUCAAAUUGGGAUAUUGGCCGCUAAAAUAUGUACUUGACUAAUUAAAUACCUGCCUUUUCAAAUACUUGAAAAGUUGGGUACCAAAAUAAACACCCUAAUUACGACCAUUUCCGCAUAUAUGUAUGACCAUUAACGCAAAUGCACGCGAGUCAAGCUUACUUUCAAGUAAAAAGAUAAAAAAUCACGUACGGCCUACCAGUGUUCGUCCGGCUUAAGGUUAUUAAUUAAUCCUCCGACUGGCCCUUUUUUACAACAACCAUUCAUUUCUGACAUGAACGAUAAAACAAGUUUUAUAGCGCGAAUCCUUCCACUGGGUAUAAUACCACCUUCUGGACUCUGGAGACCUCAUCGUGCCUGCAUUAUUCAAUCGGAUAAUCGAAAUUGGAAUCGACCUAUUAUUCAAUCACGGAAUCGAAAAUGGAAUUGAAGUUCAAGAUUUUAUUAGGGUUUUUGUUCGAUUAUUUUGGGUCGAAAUUCAAAUAACAAAUAUGAUACUGACGUUGAUUGUUCGAUCUUCUAGGGUCCAGAUUUAAAGAACAAGUUUAUUGUUUGAUUAUUAUGGAUCGGAAUGCAAAGAGCAAAUAUGAUGAGGAAGUUGAUUGUUCGAUUAUUAAGAGUCGAAAUACAAAGAACAAAUAUGAUACGAUUGUCGAUAUACUUGCGUCGUUUUCGUGGCCUUCGAAUUCUGCGCUAAUUCGGUAAAAAAUAAAAUAAAGCUGAUUGAAUUAGCGACGGUUCUCUUCUCACAUGUGAUGCUCUAAUGGUGAUUGUCUUCAAGCUUUCCAAUUCAUCUAGUCUAAAUGGCAGGUACCCAGUUUCUGAACGAAUGUGUUCGAUAAAUUGCCUAAAAACUUCAAGCCAGCUUCGGAAUCAUUGUGACUGAUCUGAACUGUACUCUAAAUAAAUCAAGCAGUAGUCAAUUUCCAUGAUUAUGGAGACAAAAUCCGCUCAUGAUAAUUACGUGAUCAACAAUACCUUCAUUCUUUUUUUUUUUUAUUUUGUUUAGAAGGAUUUUUUUUACUUUUGACAUAUCAUGAUAUAGAUAUCAAAAUUUAAAUUA